AAUAAUAAAACAAGCUACGGAAGAUGUCAGCAGCCGGCAUGCUGGUGUUUCUCGUUUCAUGGAGUGUCUUGUCCAUCGGACUGGCAUCCCACAUGCAGGGUGGGAUCAUGACAUUCACGCCGAAAGGGAGGAAUCGGGACGGCACAUAUCGGGUUGAUUUUCGAUACAAAGAAUCUUUCCGAAGUAACUGUCAUCAAGAGUUUUACUGGGGCUGCAACAGCGGGGACUGCGGCUACACGAGAGAACUCCAAUACGGGCAAAUAGACAGUAGCCCACUGGGGGACUCCUGGUGCCAGGCUGAAGGGUUCAUGUCGAGAAGCGUCCCCAGUGACAAACCGUUUGAUCUGAGAGAAUACAGCUGCUGUUGGGUCAACAAUUUAUAUGGAUACCCUAGCUGGAUGCUUUUAACUCACGUGGACCUGGGCGUCAGAUCCGACACUAGAAAUCCCAACAGAUCUCCAGUCACAACACUCCCCCCAAAGCUAAGGGUCCCACAAAACUGCCCCACCACCUACUCACUGCUGGCUCAUGACCCUGAUGGUGACCUCGUGAAAUGCAGAUAUGGACAAUCAUACAAUAGUGAGUGCUACACCUGUGCUCAACAAGCUGGCUUUGGACUAAAUGAGAUUUCUUGCAAACUUUCUUACUAUGGUUCACAAACUGGGGUGUACAUGUUUGAACUUGUCAUGGAAGAUUUUCCACAGCGGCACAUUCAGCUACAAUACAGUGAUGGCUCGUCAGUGGGCAAAGCCCCCCUUUACUUAGUCAGGAGACAUAAAAAAAGUUUAAGAACAUCUUCUUAUGCAACAACCUCAAGCAACUGGGGGGGGUGGAAUGGACAAUUAACAACAGCAACUCCUUAUACCUCAGCUCCAUUCAACUGGGGGGGUUGGAAUGGACAAUCAACAACAGCAGCUCCUUAUACAACAACUCCAGCCCCCUGGUGGUGGUUGUGGAAUGGGGAACCCUCAAUAUCUGUUCCUUAUACAACAGCUCCAAGCACCUGGUGGUGGCCAACAACUGUGCAAACAACAACAGCAGCUCCUUCCACAUCAACUCCAAACAGCUGGUGGGGUUCAACAACUGUGGAAACAACAACAGCUCCUUAUACAACAACUCCAGGCUUCUGGUGGUGGUGGUGGGGGUGGUGGAAUGGACAACAGUCAAUGGCAGUUCCUUAUACAACAGCUCCAAGCAACUGGUGGUGGCCAACAACUGUGCAAGCAACAACAGCAGCACCUUCCACAUCAACUCCAAACAGCUGGUGGGAGUCAACAACUGUCGAAACAACAACAGCAGCUCCUUCCACAUCAACUCCAAACAGCUGGUGGGGUUCAACAACUGUGGAAACAACAACAACAGCUCCUUAUACAACAACUCCAGGCUCCUGGUGGUGGUGGGGGUGGUGGAAUGGACAACAGUCAAUGGCAGUUCCUUAUACAACAGCUUCAAGUCCCUAUACAACUAAGCAAAUUGGUUGGAGUUCUACCAUCCAAACAUCAACAUACUUACUAUACACACAACCUGCAAACCAAGACCCACUAAGUAAAAUACCCGUCCAGUUCCUCGUGGAAGUUACUUCUUCAGUCCCCAGCUGCAACUUCGGUGAUUACAGACCUCAGUAUCUGAGCCCUACGCCUCUCCAUGGACAAAUUAAAAAAGCCUCCGUCAAUCGUCAGUUUCAGUUCAUCGUCAGAGCACAAGCAUCAUACGCUGUCAUACAGAACAUCAUGAUCAGUGGCCCACUGAAUAUAACAAAAUCAUACCAGUAUGAUAGCCAGACACAAACUGGAAAAGCAGUGGUGACAUGGACACCUUCUGAAAAUAACCUAGGCGAGUCCGUCCCCAUUUGUUUCUUUGCUGAGACUCAGGAAGGGUACCAGUCUGAGCUGAGAUGCAUUGUAGUGACAGUAGGAAGACGUAACUCUCUUCCAAUGAAUAUUGAGACCAGCAUUGUGUGCACCAAGACAACAAUGUCCGUGUUUGUCCUGAAGUCUUCGGCCCCGGGCCUUAAUGAACAUUACAUGCGACUUAAUGACCCCCGUUGUUCACUGACAUCAAACUCAACACAUCUGAUCGCGAGUGUGUCUCUGAACUCCUGUGGUACUCGUUAUCAGGAAAAUGAUACAGAGAUCAUUUUCGAGAAUGAAGAUUACAACAUUUGAUCAUUUCAAUCAAGUCAUAAG